AUGGCGAACAACACGACGCCCGGCGCGACGCCGCCCGCGGUCGUCGACCUCUCCGACCCGCCAUUAGACGGCGCCGUGUCGCCCAACUCUGGCCCCGACCCGCUGUCCUCGCUCGGCGCGCUCGCAUCCACCCUCGACAGCUACUAUGACGACGUGCCGGCGUUCGUCAACUCGAUCCUCGCGCAGCAUCUCGAGCCACCACUGGGCGCGGGGCAGAAGGCGCUCCCGCCCAAGCUGGUGCCGAUCGAGAAGCAGCUCAACGAGCUGCUGACCCGCCUGUCGCUCCUGUCGCAGGACACGUCGUCGUCGCUCGAGCAGACGAUCCACGACGUGUCCCGCACCGUGCCGCGCCUGACGUACGACCUGCAGUUCAUGCGCGAGUCGGCAGUGUCCCUCCAGUCCGGGCUGCAGCUUGUCCAGGACCGCGUCGCGCGCCAGACUAAGCCCGGCUCGGCGGCAUCCGAGACGGAUGAGGCCAAGACGCACCGCGCGCUCGACAAGCUCGCGCACCUCGACAAGCUCAAGACGCGCAUGGAGAGCGCGCGGGAUAUCCUCCGCGAGGCAGAGUCGUGGUCUACCCUCGAGGGCGAGAUCACAUCGUUUGUCCAGGACAAGGAGUGGACCAAGGCGGCCGAGCGACUCGCAGAGGCCAGCCGGAGUCUGGUUGUUUUCCAGUCCGCCGAGGGCGAGUACGAGUCGAAGCGGGCACUGCUGGUAUCGCUACAAAAUGAGCUGGAAGCUGCGCUGUCGACAGCGCUCAAGGACGCGAUCGCGCAGGUCGACACCGAGGCGUGCGCGCGCUUCUACGACAUCUUCCGCAUGAUGGACCGUGGGCAAGAGUUCCAGAGCUACUACUUUGCUGCACGGCGCGCACCCAUCACCGAGGCGUGGUCCACCGCGCAGCUGUCCGACGUGGGUGCGAGCACGCGCCAGAGCGUUGACCUGCGGACGAGUCUGGACGGGCGGCGGAGCACGGAACGGCCGAGCCUCGACGUCUCGCGCGACGAGCAGAACUUUGCCGACUGGCUGCCCAAGUUCUACGCAAUCGUGCUGGCCACGCUCAAUGCCGAGCGCCAGCAGAUCCCCCUCAUCUUCCCUCCCACAUCGGCAGGGCACAUCCUGCAGGCGUUCUUCCAGUCGGCGCUGGACGAGCUGUCGCCGUCGUUCCAUACGCGGCUGACCUCGGUGUCAGAGCACCACGGGCCAGAAGCCCUCCCCCAGGUCAUCCGCGCGUACAAGGCCACCGAGGACCUGGCCGUCGCGGUGCAGGACGUGGUCGACAAGCUCGCGUUCAACACCCAGGGCGGGCUGCUGAGCGGUGCCGGGCCGCUGUCGCCAACAUCCCACUCGCCAAACUCGCCCCUCACGCCCAAGUCGGCACGAACACCAAAUCAGCGCCUGAGCGUGAGCCAUCGCUUCAGCAGGAGCUUUUCCGUCGGCGAGGUUACCCCAUCACACCCUUCGGGCUGGGAGACGACCGUGUUUGAGCCGUUCCUCGACCUGCAGACCGACUACCCCGCCCUCGAGAGCCGGUACCUCGCGCACCUGCUCAAGAUUGACAUUGCGUUCAUCGACGCUGCGAAGGACGACCCGGCUCGCACGCUCACCGACCGUGCGAUCGCCGUCUUUUCGCUGGGCGAGGACGCGAUCGCCCGCUGUCUGGCCUUUACGCACGGUUAUGGCGCCAUCGGGCUCGUCGCGGCGCUGAAUGACAUGGUGGAGCGGUUCUUGAAGGACAACGCGGGCAUUUUCGAGGCGGCACGCAAGGCCGCACGGCGGGGUGCUGGCGCACCCGACGAGCUCGACUUUGAGGGGCUCGACUACAGCACGGAAGACUGGGGCGCGUUCCAGCUCGCGCUGCAUGUCCUCCAGUCGUGCCGUGGUAUCCGGGACCGCCUGGCCUCGUUCGAGGGCAAGCUGUUCCUCGCGCUCGAGAGCAUCGCGCCGACACUCAACCUCUCUCCGGCCGACCCCACGGGCUUCACGCGCACCGACACAACGCUGGGCGCCAUCACGCUCCUGCAGCAGUCAGCGCUCAACUCGGCCGACUUGCACGCGCUCAUCUCGUCCAUCACUCCGCCGGUGUACGAGCUGACGCGGGCCCGCGCUGCAGUGUCACAGCACACGCAGAAGGCACAGGUCUUCCUCCAGAGCAUCAUCCUCUCGCCGCUGCAGGCCCAGCUGGAGUCCUACCCCACCCUCAGUGUGUGGAACCAGCCCGAGAAGCCACAGCGCCGCGGCGAGCUGCACGUGCCGACCUUUUCCCUCUCGCCGACGGACACGAUCGCGCGCGUGUCGGAAGGCCUGCUCAACCUGCUCAGAGUGUUCGAGGUGUACGCCGACGACGACGCGCUGGCGUUCAGCAUCGAGACGCUGCCCUUCAUCGACACCGAGUCGCUGCGCGAGCUCCUGCACCCCGAAAAGCCCGCCUCGCCCGACGCGCUCGACAAGGUGGGCGACAAGGUGGCGCCGCCCACCGUCGCCUCCGCCGCCGCACCAGUCCUCAGCGCUGAGGCGGUACUCUCGACCUGGGUGUCGUCGCUGGCCCUCUCGCUCCUCUCGCACCUGACAAAGUCGACGCUGCCCGCCAUCCGCGCGCUGUCCAACCCCGGCGCGGCGCAGCUCGCCUCAGACCUGGGAUAUCUCUCCAACGCAGUCCGCGCGCUCGACGUCGAGUGGGACGACCUCGAGCGCUGGCGCGAGGCGACAGAGUGCAAGGACGAGGCAGAGUGGCGCGAGAAGGUCGGCAGCGAGCGCAAGGGCGUGCUGGCUGCUGUCGGCAAGCUCAGAGGGUGGGUGUUGUAGUGAGUUGAGUGAGUGACAAGGUCAUGCA